AUGACAGGAACAAUAUCAGAUGUGAUCUCCAGUAAUAUGAAUCGGCUACGUCAACUGUGCUUGGCCUUUUCAGGAAUUUAUGGUGAAAUCCCAUGGGAUCUCAUACUACAGUUGCAUAACCUGGAGAAAUUACAAGUUUGUUGCAUGAAUGAAACAAAAUUACACGGCACCAUUCCACAUUAUAUUGAUCGCUUGCCAAAACUACAAGUGCUGAGCGUUGGCAAUAACUAUAUUAAAGGACGCUUACCUUCGAGAAUAAGAAAUCUAACAAAAUUAUGGUUUUUGGAUUUAGAAUACGCGAAAUUCAAAUCAGGUGAAAUGGGCUAUUUUUCGAACAUGAGUCAACUUACAUACCUACAUCUGACGAAUUGUGGACUAAGGGGAACAAUACCAAAUGAUUUUGGAAAAACUAAUCCAAAUAUUUACGAGCUACGCCUGUAUGGUAAUAGAUUCGAAGGGAAAAUAAAUAACUGUUUUGAUGGUUUUCAAAAGAUAACACAACUUAUUUUAGGUUCAAAUAAGUUAAAUGGCUUGCUUCCAGCAACGCUCAACAAGCUUCAAACCCUUCAGGUUCUUGAUUUGUCAAAUAAUAACUUCACAGGUUUUGCCGCAAACUUGUCGUUUAACUCCCAGUUGCAGAUCUUAUACCUUGAUCGAAACAUCCAUUUAAAAAUCGAUGGUAACGUUCUGUUGAAAUCACUGCAGCCUUGCGUUUAUAGUUUGCGUAUGCUCGUUGCAAGCAAUUGUGGACUCAAAGGUGGACUUUCAUAUUCACUUUUUAACUUUCACCAAGUCAUGUAUAUUGAUCUCAGUUACAACAAGUUGACCGGUCGCCUUCCAAUAAAUGAAGAAUAUAAUAUGGUGUAUUUGUUUUAUCUUGCUGUUGCAUCAAAUAACUUCACUGGUGAGUUACCAAUGACCUUUUUUACUCCAUUGAAAUCUCUGAACUAUCUCGAUGUCAGACAAAACCGGUUCUUGAAAAGUAAGGGUACUUUCCCAAAUAUAAAUAUGAUUUUGACAUACAGUGUGAAGAUACAGAAAGAUACAUUUUCUUGCCCGACUGUUCGGUUUUCAAAUUCGGGAGGACAGAUAGAAAUGGACCCGGGAUAUUAUGAUCACUUAUUUUGUUCUUGUAACAAAGGUUACUACGGUUACCGCAGUUAUUGCAAGCCCUGUAUGCAAGGUGGUUCGUGCAAAGUGAAAGAGGCAACAAUCACGAAUAAAACAAAAACUUUGUUAUCGAGCAAACAAAAUGAGAUCAAGAUGAACAUGAAGAAAGGUUACUGGCCAUGCUGCGGCGAUUUUGACAAUGUAACUAAGCUGGUUAAAUGCAGCCAACAAGAAAAGUUUGAUGAUGAAAUAUGUAACCUCUCCGAAGACUGCAAAUGUUGGCUACGAUUGGUAAAUGUUCACCAUCUGAAAACGACAUGUAACUCGUCAUGUGUUUGUCGUCAUGCAAACAAGGGGAGAUUUUGCUCACAGUGUAUUAACGGUUACUACAAAAAGGGUUCUUUAUGUGUCCGCUGUCCAGAAUUCCGUAAAAAUUUUCCAAUCAUUUUAUUACUUUCUUUCUUGGCAUGCUUUGUCAUAUCUAUUACUUUGAUGAUUUGUUUAAGACGCCGCAAAAAGCGGAUGAUCAUUGUUUUGUUUGUAUUUGCAGUGGCGCUUAUAGUUUUACACGCGAAUUCCAUAAUCCCGAGCUGGUUCUUUAUGCUUAUAUUUGCAGUAUGGAUCUUAGGUCUUUCCGACGCAGGCAGUAACUUGAAAAGCUUUUGGAGCAUAGCGGUCUUCUUCUUCCAGUCGCUAGAUGCGAUGUUGUCUGAUGCCAAAAUCUGGCCAACAAAAAUAGUUCUUCUUAAAUACCAAAUAACAAACGCCUUUAAUUUUGAGUUCUCAAAACUUACUUGUAGCUUUUCUGCUGCAAAUCGUCCCGAGGUUACCUUUGCUGUCAUUUUGCUGCUGCCGAUCGCGGGGUUAUCUUUAAUAUGGUUGUUUCAUGGUUUGGCGAAGAUAUGUUGUGGUCGAAAUAGAAAUAUUUCCAGUCACCGAUACAAACGUUGGAGUCUUCGAAUACUUUUGUUCGUGUAUUUUCCUAUCACUGCAAAAACCUUUGAUGCGAUAUUUCCUUGUGAACACCGUGACGGGCUGUCUUAUUUAAAAAAUGCACCGUGGCUUGAUUGUAAUGGCAUUUCACAUAAUUGGUUGCUUAUAUUGGGUUAUCUUUCCUUGGUUGUGUUUGUUAUUGGCAUCCCUCUUUUAAUUUUUGGUCCAUUGUUGUACAGAUACUUAGACAGUGAAGGCCAAACUAUUUCCCAAGACAUUGAUAAUUGGAUGAAACCCUUGUAUGAAGAAUUUAAACCACCAUUCCGACGAUAUUUUCGGCUUGUUUUCCUCAGCCGUCGUCUUCUACUUGCCGUAUUCUUAACCAUAGUUCCAACUACCUCCUCUUACCAAAUUUUAAGCAUAACUUUGCUUCUCAUCACCUUUAUUAUCAUAACUCUAGUUUUCAGGCCGUACAAAAGAUAUUCAGAGAAGUUCGAGUUUGAAACUUUAGCCGAUGUGUUUGUAUCUGUUGUUUUACUUCUUUCCUUUGUUAGUUUAGCAUUCGUGCGACUUUCUACGAGACUUGACAACUCGCUUGUUUGGUUAAUCAUUUCUAUGAAUUUUGUCAUGGUGUUAUGUUGCUUUUUGGGAAUUGUUUUGUUGUUUUUGAUGAAUCUUUGGAAUUUAUCAAAUUUACAAGCUGAAAAUGUUCAAUGUGAACCAAUGCUACAUUAA